UUGCCAUUUUUCAUUCCAUGCGUUUCAGACAUCUACAUUGGUGUUUUUGAUGAUCAAAUCAAUAAUCGAACCACAACCUUUCAUCGGAAUUUUCAAUUCCGGUUGUAUAUGUUCAGUUUCAUCCCCGAAUUCAGAUUGAUUCGUGACAAUAAAUAGCCAUUUCUUGUUCCAUGCGUUUAAGAUAUCUCCAUACCACCAUCUUGCGCAGAUCAAGAACUAAUGGGCAGCGUCAAAGUACUAACCACCUCUUCGAACCACCGGCGAGGCCUAGAAGCAACAAUUUCACCAACUCCAACAUAGUGAAAUGCAAUGUAGCUAUGAGAAACCACAUGCGCUUAUUCCACUCGAUGCCCCGCAAGAGUGAGGUGACCUACAACACUAUGAUAUCUGGUUACUUUUCCAAUGGCGAAUAUAAUCUGGCUCAGAACCUGUUCGAUGAAAUGCCUGUAAAGAAUUUGGUCGCUCAAACUAUAAUGAUUAAAGCAAAUAUUAAGAACAACAAUCUCAUAGCUGCAUGGCGGUUGUUCGAUGAAAUGCCUAUAAAGGAUAUUGUCUCGUGGAACACAAUUUUGUCUGGGUACAUGCAGAAUGGGUUAAUGGACGAGGCCAAUAGAGUUUUUGAUGAAAUGCCUAUGAAGGAUGUUGUUUCGUGGAGCACAAUUUUGUCUGGGUACGUUCAGAAUGGGUUAAUGGACGAGGCCACAGGAAUUUUCCAUGAUAUGUAGAGAUUCGAUCUCUUGGCAAAAAUCAGAAUGGUGAUACCGAUGAGGCACUAGGGUUUUUUGUUGAGGUGACAAGGGAUUGGAAAAAGGCUAAGCACAUUUGUUUUUACCAGUGUUUUUAGUACGUGUGCAGAUGUUGUUGCUUUUGAGCUUGGUAAGCAAAUACAUGGGCGUGUUGUUAAAGGAGCAUUAGAAUUUAGCUACAGCGUGGGAAAUGCUCUUGUUUCAAUGUACUGUAGCUGUGGAAACAUCAAGGAGGCAUGUGAUGUUUUCAAGAAAAUUGAGGAUAAAGAUGUGAUAUAGUGGAGUUCAAUCAUUAAUGGUUAUGUAAGACAUAGCUUUGAUCAAGAAGCUCUCCAAUAUUUUGAGUCAAUGAAACAAACGUCUAUCCAACCAAAUGAAAUUACAAUGAUAAAUUCUAAUUGUGUUUAUACAUUUUUUCUUGUUUUUGAAGCAUAAAAGGCAUUUGAUGACUACUUGUUUUUUGAUUGCCAAUAAUACAAAGCUCAAAGUAUUUCUUAGAGCUAUUUGUAGUCUUGUACGACUCAUGUUGUACAAUUGAACUCGGAACUAAUUUGAGAAUGAAUAGUGUAGGACAUCUGUCAAUUUUGAUUGAUUAAUUGUUGUUCAUGUGAAAUAUUCAUCU